CGCCCCGGCCCCGCCCCCACAGGGGAUGAACUUGGAGCCCAGUUCUGCCUAGGCCUUACCCUAAGACCGAAACGCUCGCUGACCAUGGCCAUGAUCUUGGGUUACUGGGAUAUCCGCGGGCUGGCUCACGCCAUCCGCCUGCUCCUGGAGUACACAGACUCACACUAUGAGGAAAAGAAGUUCGCGAUGGGGGACGCUCCCAACUAUGACAGAAGCCAGUGGCUGAAUGAAAAAUUCAAGCUGGACCUGGACUUCCCCAAUCUGCCCUACUUAAUUGAUGGGGCUCACAAGAUCACCCAGAGCAACGCCAUUCUUCGCUACAUUGCUCGCAAACACAACCUAUGCGGGGAGACAGAAGAAGAGAAGUGUCGCAUGGACAUUUUGGAGAAUGAGGUUAUGGACACCCGCCUAUACUUUGCCAGGAUGUGCUACAACCCUGACUUUGAGAAACUGAAGCCUGGGUACCUGGAGGGACUCCCUGACAAGAUGAAGCUCUACUCACAGUUUCUGGGGAAGAGGCCUUGGUUUGCAGGGGAGAAGCUCACCUACGUGGAUUUCCUGGCUUAUGACAUUCUUGAUAUACUGCGUAUAUUCGAGCCCAAGUGCCUGGAUGCAUUCCCAAACCUGAAGGAGUUCAUGGCCCGCUUUGAGGGCCUGAAGAAGAUCUCUGCGUACAUGAAGUCCAGCCGCUUCCUCCCAGCGCCUCUGUUUCUAAAGACUGCCGUGUGGGCCAACAAGUAGGGCCUCCGUGGGCGGGGUGCCGGUGAGGAGCAGCCAAAGCUGUGCUUGCUGUGUCCCCCCAACAGCGGUCUUGCUUCUUUUUCCUUUGUUAUAUUCCUCUGUCCCCACGAAAUACCUAUGGGCGCCCUUUUCUCCCUCCCAACCCUGUCUUCAUCCAGGCCCUUGGUCGUCAGCUCUCUACUUCAGCAAAUUUCCUCCCCCACCAGUGUUAUCCGUCCUGCACUAAAGCCAACCAGACCAUUCUUCCCUGGGUGGUUGCUCCACCUGCGGGAGCUGGACUGGACUCCUGGCCUGGGGAGCCCUGCCGUGAGCUCCCCCGGGGCUGCCCCGAAGCCCCGUAAGACCUGGAGUGCAGGCCCGGCUCCCCCAGGGUGGUCCCUGCCCAGCCCUGCCUGAUCCCCAGUGAAGCCUUACUCACCCUGACCUGGCUUGUGUUCUUCCCUUCUGGCCUUUGGAUUCAGGACUGAGCUAGAGGUUUUAAAAGAUAUUUGUAUGGGGGUGCUUGGGUGGCUCAGUCAGUUAAGCAUCCAGCUCUUGGUUUCAGCUCAGAUC